GGAACAGACGUUCAAAACCGGACUGUAUAAUCCAAAAAUGGGUCCUUUCAAAGAGUUAGUAGUUUGUGUGCUGGUGCUGCUGGUAGGUGUGAGUCAAGGUGUGUUGAUUGUGGGACCCAAAUCGCUCCGACCCAACCGGGAUUACACGCUGGUGAUCAGUAACUUUCAAAGCAACCUCAACAAGGUCGAUCUGAUGGUGCGGCUAAUGGAUCAUCAAAAUGGCGUACGCCCGCUAAACCUUACGAAAUUGGUGGAUGUGCGACAAAAUUCCAACAAAAUGAUCACUUUCCACAUACCGGCCAGUGCGCCGGAUGGAGAUUACCGGAUUACGGUCGAUGGGCAACGUGGAUUCAGUUUUCACAAGGAACACUUACUGGAGUAUCAAGGCGAUUCCGUUUCGGCCCUACUACAGCUCAGCAAACCCGUGUACAAGCCCGGUGAUACGGUGCAGUUCCGUGUGAUCGUGCUGGACGUGGAUCUGAAGCCGCCGUCCGAUGUGUUUGAGUUGACCAUAAACGUACGGGACUCGUCCCACAACAACAUCCGCAAAUGGACCAAGGCGCGCCUGUACGCCGGAGUGUUUGAGAAUGAAGUUUCCAUUGCUCCGUCUCCGCUACUGGGUACUUAUCAAAUCGAAGUGCAUUUCAACGACAAAACGCUGGUGACGAAAACGUUCGAAGUGAAGGAAUAUGUUCUGUCCACGUUCGACGUGGACGUGCAGCCCACGGUGGUGCCGCUGUUAGAGCACCAGGCGCUCAAUCUUUCGAUAACGGCAAGCUACUACUUCGGCAAACCAGUGGCAGGCACGGCGACACUGGAACUCUAUUUCGAGCACGAAGAGCUUGACCAGAAGAAAACCGUUCAGGUCAAUGGAAUGCUCCCGGUUCAUCUUCCCUUCAAUCGCGAUUUGAAUUUUUACGACAGCCAGAGUGAUGUAACGCUGAACGUCGUGUUCAAAGAGCAGUACACAAAUCGCACGGUUUCCAGGCGAUACCCGAUUACGGUGUACAAAAAUGUCUACAAUGCGGUGUUGGAAAAGGCAGCGAACGACUUUGUGCCCGGAGCACCGUUCAAGUGUAGCGUCAGAAUCAAAUUUCAGGACGGCAAGCCGGCCAGGGAUGUUAAUGCGCUGGUGAAAGUAGAUGGCCUUAAUCCAGAGUAUGAGCAGAGCCUUAGGACCGAUAACGACGGCAUUAUUAAACUACAGCUGCGGCCUAGCUCUGACACGACCUAUCUACAAGUGACUGUGACGGUGGAUGAUAACGAACUUCUGAGCGAGCCCAUCGAACCGGUUGAGCGACUAACGAAUUCGUACAUCAAACUUGAACUUAAGUCACCGAUUAAGAUAAAUCAAAUGUUACAGUUUCUGGUCAUGUGUUCCGAAAGGAUGACGUUCUUCAUUUACUACGUGGUGUCGAAGGGGGAAAUUAUCGAUUCGGGUUCGUUCAGACCGACACGUAGUACCCUGUACCAGUUCAAGCUGAAUGCUACCGCCCAACUAGUACCGCGGUCAAAAAUCAUCGUCGCCAGCAUUGCAAACGAUGUGGUUAUAUACGACUUUGUGGACAUCGUGUUCGAUGAGUUCCAUAACAAUUUUGAUCUACGAAUUGACGAGACGCAAGUCAAACCGGGAGAACAAAUUGAGCUAACGCUGAAAGGACCUCCGCGGGCAUACGUAGGUUUGGCUUCAUAUGACCAGGGUUUGCUUCAGUACAGCGCGAAGCAUGAUAUCUUUCGCGAUGACGUGUGGCGGGUGUUUGACGAGUUCCACGCAGUCGAGCCGAAUCAGUUUAGUAAAUUCUACAGCAUGGGCCUGUUUGUCCAAUCCUUGUCGAAAGUCGAAGGAGUCAGUGAUAUGUCAGGUCGGCAGGAGGUUGAUCGCGAAACGCCGACGAGAAAAAGUCUAGUGCCAUACCGAACCAACUUCCUGGAGUCUUGGUUGUGGAAGAACGUGACCAUCCCUCGCUCGGGACGCAGCCAACUGAUCGAGAGGGUACCGGACACGACGACGGCAUGGUACCUGACGGGUUUCUCGAUCGAUCCAGUAUACGGCCUGGGACUGAUCAAGAAACCGAUACAGUUCACUACGCUGCAACCGUUUUACAUCGUCGAUAACCUGCCGUACUCCAUCAAGCGCGAUGAGGUCGUUGUGUUGCAGUUUACCCUGUUCAACACACUCGGUGCGGAAUAUACUGCCGACGUGACGAUGUACAACGUUGCGAAUCAAACCGAGUUCUUUGGAAGGGAAAUUGGUGAGCCUAGUUAUACGAAAACGUUGUCUGUUCCGCCGAACGUCGGUGUGCCUGUUUCGUUCCUGGUGAAGGCAAAAAAACUGGGGGAUAUGACGGUCCGUGUGAAGGCAUCCAUCAUGCUCGGCAAGGAGCAUGAUGCCAUCGAGAGGGUUAUCCGUGUGCUGCCAGAAAGCUUGGUACAGCCAAGGAUGCAAACUCGCCUCUUCUCCCACAAUGAAUAUCAGAACCAGAGUUUUGAAUUCAUUUUGGACAUUGACAAGAAGGCCGACGUGGGCUCGGUGAGCAUUAGCUUUGAGGUUGUUCCCAACAUACUGACAUCGGUGGUGAAAAACCUGGGAGAUCUGCUGAGCGUGCCUACGGGUUGCGGAGAGCAAAAUAUGGUACGUUUCGUUCCGAACAUAGAGGUGUUGGACUAUCUGACGGCGACCGGUUCGAAGGAGACGGCGCUCAUCGAAAAGGCGACCGGAUUUCUUCAACAAGGCUACCAGAACCAGAUGAAAUAUCGCCAGUCAGAUGGAUCGUUCGGCGUUUGGGAGGGAAGAGGUGGAUCUGUUUUUCUUACGGCCUUUGUCGGAAAGUCGAUGAAAACGGCAGCGAAGUACAUUACCGUGGAUGAAACGAUGGUCUCGCGAACCUUUGCCUGGCUGGCAAACACACAAAACCCCGAUGGGCGCUUCGACGAGACGGGCCCGGUUGCGCACAAGGACAUGCAGGGGGCGCUUCGUAAAGGAAUCUCGCUUACUUCGUAUGUAAUGAUCGCCUUCAUGGAAAAUCCGCUUGAAGCCGCGAAACAUCCAUCUGUUAUUGCGAAUGGAAUGGAAUAUCUUAACCGCAACUUUAACUACAUCUACGACUCGUACGAUCUGGCUAUCGCUACGUAUGCGUUCUGGUUGAAUAACCAUUUCCGUAAAGUAGAAGCCUUGGCGAAACUGAUCGCAGUCUCCACCAGUCUUGAGGGUGGACUGAAGCGCUACUGGUCACGAGCAUCGAACCAAAUCGAAACCACGGCCUACGCCUUACUGUCGCACGUGAUGGCCGAAAAGUACAUCGACGGUACUGCGAUUAUGCGUUGGCUCGUAGACCAACGAUACAGCACCGGAAGUUUCCCACGUACCCAGGAUACGUUCGUUGGCCUGAAAGCGCUUUCAAAACUGGCCGAGAAGAUCUCGCCUUCGCGAAACGAUUACUCCAUUCAGUUAAUGUUCGCUAGCAAGAGAAAAGAGUUCCGCUUCACUUCCACCGAUCUUGAUCAGUUCAGCUACGAGGAGAUUCCGGAGGGCGUGAAAAAGCUGACCGUGAACGUCGGCGGAAUAGGAGUUGGCUUUCUAGAGGUGAACUACCAAUACAGUCUCAACUUGGUGAACUUUGCCCAACGGUUCAACCUGGACCUGGUGAAGAAGAACUCCACCUCGGACUACGUGCUGCAGCUGUACGUAUGCAGCAGUUACAUUCCGCAUCUUACGGACGAACGCUCCAACAUGGCGCUUGUGGAAGUGAACUUCCCCAGUGGCUACGUCGUGGACAGCAACCCAAUCAGUGAGGCGACCGUUGCCAACCGAAUACAGAAAAUCGAGAUUCUACACGGCGGAACGUCCGUCGUGCUGUACUACAACAACAUGGGCACCGAGAAAAACUGUUUCGUGAUCACUGCCUAUCGACGGUUUAAGGUGGCGCUCCGGAGGCCGGCGUACGUGAAGGUGCACGAUUACUACGACCCCAACUUGAACGCCAUUAAGAUUUACGAGGUGGACAAACAGGAGGUGUGUGACAUCUGCGCAGGGGAAGACUGCCCGGAAUCCUGCAAACACGUACCGAAGUGAUGGCCGCUGGUUUCCUGUCUGUGAACAUUUUGGAGAAAUAAACAGAAAUAGCGUUGCUCUACACGUU